AGUCUAGUCCGGACCCCCGUCUCUUCCUGCUGGACUUGUUGCAUGGCGGCCGACACAAAGAGCUGAGGCUGAACCGAACUGAGAGCGACCCACAGCAGCAGCACCAGCCGGGACGCGGCCCGGACCAGCACAGCCCCGCGGUUCCGGUACCGGAAUCGGGACUUUGUUUGGGAAAACUUUGGAGAAGUUUGGCGGAGUUUCGUAGCCGUAAAGGGGGACGGAGCGGAGCGACAGAAUGCGGAGUGUGAUCCUGGUUCUGGUGGCCUGGAGCUGGGCCGUCCGGGCCAUGAUGGACGGCUGUGUGGACGAACUGGGCCAGCUGCAGCGCUGCAUGCCGGAGUUCAUGAACGCAGCCUUCAACGCCACCGUGCAGGCCACCAACACCUGCGGCUCUCCGCCGGAGGAGUACUGCGUCCAGACCGGCGCCACCGGCGUUACCAAGUCCUGCCACAUCUGCGACGCGCGCGACCCCCGGAACCACCACAACGCCGCGUACCUGACGGACUACAACAACCAGCAGGACACCACCUGGUGGCAGAGCCAGACCAUGCUGGCCGGGAUCCAGUACCCGAACUCCAUCAACCUGACCCUGCACCUCGGUAAAUCCUUUGACAUCACCUAUGUGAGGUUAAAGUUCCACACCAGCCGACCCGAGAGCUUUGCCAUCUACAAGCGGACCAGAGAGGGUGGUCCGUGGGUCCCGUACCAGUACUACAGUGGUUCCUGUGAAAAGACCUACCAGAAACCGAACCGCGGGUUCAUGCGGACCGGAGACGACGAGCAGCAGGCGCUCUGCACGGAUGACUUCAGCGACAUCUCGCCGCUCACCGGAGGAAGCGUGGCCUUCUCCACGCUGGAGGGGCGGCCAAGCGCCUACAACUUCGACCACAGCCCCGUUCUGCAGGACUGGGUGACAGCCACGGACAUCAGAGUGACGCUGAACCGACUCAACACCUUCGGAGACGAGGUCUUUAACGACCCCAAGGUCCUGAAGUCCUACUACUACGCCAUCUCUGACUUCGCUGUGGGAGGAAGGUGUAAGUGCAACGGCCACGCCAGCGAGUGUGUGAGGAACAGUGGAAGACUGGUGUGUGACUGUAAACACAACACGGAGGGCGCUGACUGUAAUGUCUGCAAACCCUUCUACAACGACCGGCCCUGGAGAAGAGCUACAGCUGACCACGCCAAUGAAUGUCUGCCCUGCAACUGCAAUGGGAAGAGCUCUGAGUGCUACUUUGACGCAGAGCUUUACCGGGCCACGGGUCACGGAGGUCACUGCAGGAGCUGCGCCGACAACACGGAUGGGCCCAACUGUGAGCGCUGCCUGGAUCACUACUACAGAGACACGAGCGGCAGCCGCUGUUUGCCCUGCAGCUGCAGCACCGUUGGUUCUGAGUCUCCGCAGUGCGACGACAGAGGAGUGUGUGCUUGUAAACCAGGAGUGACUGGAGAGAAGUGUGACCGCUGCCAGCCGGGGUUCCACAGUCUGACUGAGGCUGGCUGCAGGCCGUGCUCCUGCUCCCCUUCAGGCAGCACUCAGGAGUGUGACGUGAACACGGGUCAGUGUCGCUGUAAGGACAACGUAGAGGGCUUCAGCUGUGAUCGGUGUAAACUAGGCUUCUUCAACUUGGACCCAAACAACCCUCAGGGCUGCCUGCCCUGCUUCUGCUUCCAGCACUCAUCUGUCUGCGAAAGCGCCGUUGGCUACAGCGUCCACGCCAUCAGCUCCACCUUUGACCGAGGUGACGAGAAGUGGAGCGGGCAGCGAAGGGAUGGGUCUAGUGUCCCCGUCUACUGGUCCUCCACUGGACAGGAAGUGUCCCUCACUUCUGAUGACUACUUCCCCAUGUACUUUGUUGCUCCAGACAAGUUUCUGGGGAACCAGAUGCUGAGUUACGGACAGAAUCUGACUUUCCACUUCCGAGUGGAACGUCGAGAUGUUCGGCUGUCGGCCGAGGACCUAAUGCUCGAGGGGGCGGGCCUUCGGGUGUCACUCCCCCUCAUCGCCCAGGGGAAUGGCUACCCCAAUGACAACAAGCAGCCAUUUGUGUUCAGGCUGCAUGACACCCCAGAUUACCCCUGGAAGCCCCGGAUCAGUCACCUGGACUUCCAGAGGCUUCUCCACAACCUGACGUCCAUCAAGAUCCGCGGAACCUACAGCGAGAGGAGUGCUGGUUACCUGGACAGCGUCUCUUUGGUGACAGCAAGGGUGGGGCCAGGUGUUCCUGCUCACUGGGUAGAGCGAUGUACCUGUCCUCAGGGGUACCAUGGUCAACACUGUGAGCAAUGCACUGUGGGAUACCGCCGCACGCAGCCAGAGCUUGGAGCCUUCAGCUCCUGUGAGUCCUGCAAUUGUCAUGGGCACAGCGACACCUGCCACCCAGAUACUGGAGCAUGUGACUGUCAGGACAACACUGCCGGUCUCAGCUGUGAGCGCUGUAAGGAUGGUUUCUAUGGCGACGCCACUCAGGGCAGACCUGACGAUUGUCAGUCAUGUCCCUGCCCUGCAGGAGCCACAUGCGCUGUUGUCCCCAGGACAAGAGAGGUGGUGUGCACCAACUGUCCUGCUGGAACCACAGGUAAGCGCUGUGAGCUCUGUGAUGACGGGUUCUUUGGGGAUCCUCUGGGUCAGAAUGGGCCGGUCCGAGCCUGUCGCGCCUGCCAGUGCAGCAACAACAUCGACCCCAACGCUGUCGGAAACUGUGACCGGGAGACUGGAGAGUGUCUGAAGUGCAUCUACAACACUGAUGGCUUUUUCUGUGACCACUGCAAAGAGGGUUUCUAUGGCAAUGCCCUGGCCUCAAACCCUGCUGACAAGUGUAAAGCCUGUUCCUGCUCUCCUCUGGGGACGGUGGACCAGCAGACCAGCUGUUCUCAAGUCACCGGUCAGUGUCAAUGUCUCCCUAACGUGAUCAAACGUGACUGCAGCGCCUGCCAGCUGGGAUUCUUCAACCUGCAGAGUGGGAUUGGCUGUGAGGGGUGUAGUUGCAACUCGAUUGGCUCUACCAAUGGUCAGUGUGACAUCAUCACAGGUCAGUGUGAGUGCCAGCCUGGUGUCGCGGGUCAGCACUGUGAACGCUGUGAGGUCAACUUCUUCGGCUUCAGCCUGUCUGGAUGCAAACCCUGCGACUGCGACCCUGAAGGAUCCCAGUCAGGUCAGUGUAAGGAGGACGGACGCUGCGAGUGCCGACCCGGGUUUGUUGGAGCUCGAUGUGACAUGUGUGAGGAGAACUACUUCUACAACCGCUCCGUACCGGGCUGCCAACAGUGUCCCUCCUGCUACAGUCUGGUCCGAGACAAGGUGAACCAGCAGAGACAGAAACUCCAAGAACUCCAGACUCUGAUCGACAACCUGGGUUCCGGUCAGGACAUGGUCACCGACGCGGCCUUCGAGGACCGUCUGAAGGAGGCGGAGAAGGCUAUCAUGGAGCUGUUGGAAGAGGCACAGACCAGCAAAGAUCUGGACCAAAGCCUGCUGGAACGUCUGAACAACAUCAACAACACUCUGACGACCCAGUGGAACCGCCUGCAGAGCAUCCGCAACACGGUGGACCAGACCGGCGCUCAGGCGGACCGUGCUCGGGACCGGGUCCGCGAUGCUGAGGGCCUGAUCAACCAAGCCCGUCAGGAGCUAGAGAAGGCCAAAGAGGCUGUGAGCAAAGUGGAAAUCAACCCGCCCAGCGAAACCGGAGAACCCAACAACAUGACACUGCUGGCCGAGGAGGCUCGUCGACUGGCCGACAAGCACAAGAUGGACGCUGAUCAGAUCGAAAAGAUUGCCAGAGACGCCAACGACACGUCCACCAAAGCCUAUAACCUGCUGCUGAAGACGCUGGAUGGAGAGAGCAGGACCAGUGAGGAGAUCGAACAACUCAACAGGAAGUACGAUGAGGCGAAAAACCUGGCCAAGGAGCUGGAGAGCCAGGCCACCAAGGUCCAUGCUGAGGCUGAAGAGGCAGGGAACAUGGCCAUGAAGGUCUUCGCUAACUUGACCAGCCUCCCGGUGUUCGACACCAAGAGCCUGGAGGAUGAAGCCAAAAAGAUCAAGAUGGAGGCAUCGGACCUGGACCACCUGAUCGACAAGACUGAGAAAGAGUACAACGACCUGCGAGACGACCUGAAGCCCAAAGAGCAGGAGGUCCGAAAGCUGCUAGAGAAAGGCAAGAGUGAGCAGCAGACUGCAGACCAGCUGCUGGCUCGGGCCGACGCCGCCAAGGCGGUAGCGGAGGAAGCGGCCAAGAAGGGCCAGUCCACCUUCAGGGAGGCCGAGAGCAUCCUGGACGACCUCCGAGACUUCGACAGACGGGUCAACGACAACAAGACUGCUGCAGAAGACGCCAUGAAAAAGAUCCCCAAGAUCAACGAAACCAUCAUGGCCGCCAACGAGAAGACGCAGCAAGCUGAGGAGGCGCUAGGGAACGCUGCAGCCGAUGCUCGAGAAGCCAAGAACAAGGCGGAAGAGGCAGAGCGGAUUGCCAGCAAUGUGCAGAAGAGAUCGGCCAAGACCAAGGAGGAGGCGGAGAAAGCGUUGCAGGACACCAACAAGCUAGACGAAGAGGUCAACCUUAUGAUGGAUCAGCUUAGCGCCGCUGAGCAGGAGCUGCAGAAGAAGAAAGAUGAAGCUGAUAAUGACAUGAUGAUGGCUGGAAUGGCAUCCGACAGCGCCAAGGAGGCCGAGAACAACGCUCGCAACGCCAAGAGCAAGGUGAAAACAGUGCUGACGCUCAUCUCCAGCCUGAUGGAUCAGCUGGGAAACAUCGAUAAGGUGGACCUGAGCAAACUAACCCAGAUCGAAGAGUCGUUGAAGCGGGCCAAGGCCAAGAUGGCCGACAGUGAGCUGGACAAGAAGCUGGCGGAGUUAAACGAUGUGGCGCGUUCUCAGGAGGAGAUGAUCAACGACUACGACCGGCAGAUCCGUGAGAUCCGGGCCGACAUCGCCAACCUCAACGACAUUAGGAACACGUUACCCAACGGCUGCUUCAACACAGCGUCGCUGGAGCUGCCUUAGCACCGCCCAACUGCUCCAUCAGCUCCGCCCACCCCCACACUCCGGCGAACGAGACGACUUUUACCAAAACGCUUAUUGCUCUCAGAUUCCUUUCCUCCACAGGAAAAGAGCAGCUGGUUCCUUUUCCUGAUGUGGGUUUGAACGGACUCAGCGGCGUCAAGAUGCCGUUCAGACAGAACCAGAACCACGGACAGAACUUCAGCCCCAACAGGACUGCAGCCACAGAGGAAGCCAGUUUCAGGCGUCAUCUGAUCUUCUUUCCAGAGCAGUUUCCUCCUCCUCCAGCAGGAGCCGCUGCUCCUCUAACAGGAACCCUCAUCCAGUUCCUCUGAGUCCCCAUUCUGCCUCAGAACCGGGGCAGAGCUCAUGUUCUGAUGACCCGUUUAAAUAAUAUGAAAACUUUAUUCUCUUGACUGCAGCUCAAACAUUCUGGUGACGCUCCACCUUCGGUUCCCCACGAGGAGCAGAGGGAACAGAAAGUUCCGGUUUGAGGUGAACCGGUUCUGUAGAUCUGAACCGGGAUGUUUUCAGCUGUGAUUCUUACAGAACAGGAAGUGACAGUUUUCCAUCUUAGUAGCAGCUCGACUCUUUGGGUUUUAACCCUAAACAGUUUAUCAACUUCAGAAUCAAGUCAAGUAAUUAAAGCAGAGAUCUGAUGGCAGAGCCGGCAUCGGUACCGACCCAAACCAACAUUGGGCUCAUCCCUUGAGUUAGGAGCCUAUUUAGCCUGGAUGUUCAGAAGUUGGAGUUCUGGUCCCGGGACUGAAACAGAAGAAAAAUCAUGUAAAAAUACAAACAAUCGGACCCUCAGAAAGCCAGAACUCGUCAUCCAGAAGCACUCACCACUGCUGGAUCUGGAUUUCUGGACUGGACCCCUCAGAACCAGCUCCAGGCAGGUCGAGCUGCUCUGUGAUGGAAACCUGUUGUUGGUUCUUCUGGACCGGUUUCUCUGACUGAACCUGUAGGAUCAUCACGCGGGAGAGCGUGUUGUUCUGAGCACGCGUGUGGUCUCUCACAUGUCUGAGAUGAAGGUCGGCUUGUUCCCUCUGCCCCCCCCCCCCCCCCCCCCCCCACUCCGUCACAUUUAUGCAACGUUCUGCGUAGCGACGACUCGAUCUGAAACACUGGUGCUAAUUAUGUUAAAUGUUAUAUUUUUGUGUGAAUGUUUUUAUCCUUUCUGUGUAAAUAAAUGAUUCUGGAUCAGAACCAACAGCCCGUUGGGUCGGAUCCCACCCGCUCCAGGUGGAAUAUAUCCCAUAUGAUAACGUCUGAUUGUUACAGUAAUGAUUAUUAUCCCUGCUGGAGUGUAAACAAGGCUCGGAUUCUUUGUUGUCACUGUGUUGUUGUCCGGUUUUUAAUCUGAUCCCAGUGCAGCCAGCAGCUGUUUCCUGUUUAAACUGUAAUUAAGUUAUACCGAUUCAGUUUUUGGUGGAGCAGCUCGGCCCACCAGAACCGAGCCUUCUCACCUGCUUGUAAAUCUUAACGUAACAUUUCCAUAAUAAACGAAUGACUCCUGA